GACAAUCUCUUCGACAUCCGACUACUCACCACAAGCAGUCAAGAUGCCGAGCCACAAGUCAUUCCGCACCAAGCAGAAGCUUGCCAAAGCGCAGAAGCAGAACCGCCCCAUCCCCCAGUGGAUUCGCCUGAGGACCGGCAACACCAUCAGGUACAACGCCAAGCGACGACACUGGCGCAAGACCCGUCUCGGUAUCUAAGCGGCUCGCCCCCUCCAAGCCAUCCCUCACUCGAUUCUCGAUUCUCGAUUACCUCUUCCGGCGCCCACGACAAGUCUUGUUGGAGACGAGCGACUACAUUGGGAAUUUCGCACAUGGCGGGAACCGAGCGACCAGUCUUCUAAGAGCGAAGUACGUCUGCAACACGAGGGAUGCAAUGGGCGGUCUUCUUUUCACGUUACCGGAUACCUCCCUACCUCUGAUUCAUGGCGCUUUGGGUCUGUAAAUGGGCAUGAAAGGAAUCGAUUCAUGAUGGUUUAGACUAGGCAGUGAUGAAUGAAAGCACUUGCUAGGUCUCAAUGAACAAGAAAU